AAAAUAGUCCAUGAAGGGAGAAGAUUUCCUUUGGAGCAGUAGAUGAAUAUGUAUGAGCAGUAGAUUGUUCUUGAGAUCAUUAUCGUCAACCGCGGGGCGGGGGAGAGGAAGAAGAGAGACCGAGGGGUUGGUCUGAGGGUGUCUGUAGAGGGACUCUUUCGGAAGAGACUCUCCGCCCCACCCGGCUUAACCUCCCCCGCCUGUCUGCCUGCCUGUCUGCCUGCCUGCCUGCCUCUCAGCCUGAUUUAACCUUUCUCAGCCCUGUGAGGGGAAGAGUGACUGUAGCAGCAGGUUCAUCUGAUACGAGAAGGAAAAGGAGUUUCAUUCAGCGCAAAGAAGGGAAAUUCCGCACGAGACGAGGAAGGUUCCGGGACGAAUCGGGUUCUAGCGCUGGGUUAGCCAGAAGGUGAAGUAGGAGAUUCCCCAGCAGUAGGAGGUCAAGGGAACCACCAGCAUCGACUAGCUUUUGGUGGGGAGAACAGCUCAGUACGUGGUCAUAAACACUGACUAUGGUAAUGUUAGGUACUAGUGAGGGAGGUUUAGGGAAACUAGAGUUUGUGGGCAAGAUGAUGUGUGUGCGUCUUAGCUUAAGCAAGCCUAUGAGACAGUGGCUUUCAUAGGUGGCUUUCAGGAAGCCAUUAGCUUGUCUGUUGAAUAAGUCAUACUCAUCUGUGCCUGGAAUGCAUGGUACAGAAGAAACAUUCUGCGGUGUACACAUAGGGGUCAUGCAGUGUGUUGGACCUUAAUGUUGGUUUGUGGUAAACUAAAAAGAACUUACCAUGGAAUAUGCCAGAAAAAUCAUGUUUGGCAUUGCUCUGCAUCAGGAAGAUGGUAGUGGUGGCAGGUAUGCUUUCAGGGAGGCUUGUCUGCUAUCGUCUAAUCCAAUUCCUUUAUAGGUUUUUGCAGAACUCCUGGUUUCCCUAAAGCAGUUUUAGAAUCUCCGCUGAAAGAGAACAGGCUGAAAGUGAGAGAUACCUACUACCAUGAGAAACCUUAGACAAGUAGUUUUUUUCUAGAGGAAUGCAUAUCUUUGAGAUUUUAGAACAUGGAAAAGGUAAUUAUUGUAAAGUUAUGCUUGAGACAGAAUUGUGUAAGAUAUUUUGCAUGGCAUUGAGAGUACUGCAUAAAAGAAUUAGAGCUGGUAUUAGUAAAGACGAUGCUGUGUGGGUACCUCAAUUUUUCAGGGAAAUAGUGCUUUUUACUAUUUUUCAUAUGUCUAGGGUUGAUGGAGAGUGGUGAUUUUAAAGAACAGGACUCCAGAAAGUGAGCCACUUAGAUGUGGUCUUAGUUUGGAGAAAAAAUGUGGAAUAUGAUUGUGAUGUGUGUUUUAGAAGAUAGCAAAAGAAAGAGAAUAUGCCGUAUGCAAAUACUUCGUUAAUAUUUGUGCUUGUUUUUGCACCUAGAUUUCCCUAGAUUUUGGGAAAUGGGAACUUUAAAAAAAAGUAUGCUGGUUUUUGAAAAUAAUAAGUUCUAGUGCUGGGGAUGAUUUUUUAACAUGCUGAAUGCAUGCACAAAACUAGAACAGAGUGAAUAUAUUAUACAUGAAAGUGCACUUCAAUAUACAUAAUGUUAGGUUUGCUUUGUAUAAAGCAAUAGCAGUGUGUGUGUAUGUGUUUAAUCUUGCCCAAUGGCUUGUAUGGAAAGCCUUCCAUAAUUGAAGGUUCAUUUAAGUUGAGUUUUGCACUGAUUAUAAGAGUCUGAAGUUAUUCCAAUUUUAAAAUCAAUAUAGCUGGAAUCUAAGUCCUUUAAUAUGUUGCUUUUGAAAGGGUAAUGUGAACUUUUGAUUUCUGUGGAUCUCUCCUCUGUUCUAGCUCCUGAAUUUGUGAAAUACAAGAGGAAAAUUUGAUGUUUUCUUUGCUCUGUAAAUUUCAAGAGGACAUUCAUGCAAGAAUUUGUUUGUGGACAAUUGGGCAUUUUUCUCACCUCUCACCCUGUUCUCCAAUGGGCUUCUCUGUGUACAGAUUCGCUAGUAGCCAAAAAAACUAGUAGGGAGAAGGCAGGAGUGGACUUCUUGUGGUGGAGAGACUACAGAGAUAUGCAAUAAAUGCAUUGCUUUAGGGAAAAAAAGCAAACAAGAAGUGUGAAGCCAUUUAUAUACAUCAGAAAAACUCAAAUCAAAUAGUGGCAGUCAGGGGCUUUACAUGCAAAGGAAGAAGAGAACACCUGGUGGGGGAGGGAGUAACACUCUUUUCAUGCACAUUCCACUCACCUUCAGAAUAGUUUUCUGGUGGUAAGUGAUGAUAAUUCCAUUCAGCAUAUUGGGGGUGGAGGGAAGAGAAGCUGAGCAGAAAACCUACUUUGCUUGCAAUCUGCUCAGCUAAACCCAGGAAAUAUAUUCUCUUUGAAUAAGGCUGUCUUUUCUUAUUACCCCAACAACUGACACAAGACAAGAGAAUAUCAGACGAUCAAGUGUGUAUAUGUCUGCAUUUCUGAAUGUGCACAGAUGAAUACAUGAAGUAGAUUUCAUGGGGGACAGAGCGAUAACAUGUGAUGAAGAUAGUGGUUAAAAGACUUUAGUCCUAACAAAGCAAUUGUCAGUUAGGUGUCUUGUAUAUUUUAAUCACUAGGUUUGACAUGGCAGCAUCCCUCAUUAAGGUUGCAUGAAGUUAACUUAAAGCUGUUUGAUUUCUAUAUACUUCUGAAUGUAAUAUACUUGUCUGUUUUUCUCCUUCAUUCAGAUGCUGUGAAAGGAUGGACAGAUGUAUGAAUUAGUAACCCAAGAAGUUAAUCUUGCUGAUGGCUGGAAACUUGUUUUUAUUAUUAAAUUUUGUGAUUGGAACAUUAGUAUUCACAAUGAUCACCCAUAUAUAGAUAGCUGCAGCCUGCACAAUGGGACCAUCUUCCAGUUGGGGCUUUAUUGGUAAACUAGCAUUGGAGCUGGAAAACAUUAUUGCACAAUAAAUCAAGAAAUUUGUCUAUGAUACUGGGCAUAACAGGAAUCCAUUGCAUAAGGCUCUGAUCCCUCAACUUCUAGAAGUGUAACUUUGAAACUAACAUGUCUCAGGCUAUGGAAGCAUCAGCACUUCAAUGUUUUAAUGUUCAGUUGAAAGAAAAUAUGAAGAAUCUGCGUGUUUCUAAAAACAGAAAUAUUCUGCAAAGCUAGACUUUGUUCUCAAUUACAGUUUCCUGUUGGAUGAAUUAUUGGAUCAUUUUCAGGUCCAUAAAUCUAAGGGAUUGAACAAAACCUUUUUUGUAUGUGCAUUAAGUUGUUCAUUUUAUAUUAAUCAAUUUGAAAGAAGUGUUUUUAAAUAACAGAAUUCCCAAGGUAAUUCCUUAUCUUCAGCAGCUAUGAUGCUAAAUGUGAAGUGCUGAAAAUAACAAUUUUGAUAUCUUGUUAAAUGUUUACUGUAAUGAAAGCAGCCAUACUGGUUAUGCAGCUGAAAUAACUAGAAAUUGUGAUUUGAAAGUGCUAAUUUUGAUCGAAUUUCAGAUUCAACUAUUUAAAAUUUAGCUAUGGAAGCUUCACAGACAAAUUUUCCCCUAGGCCAUCAGUCCAAGCAAAAGGGUACAGUAGCACAAAGAGAUGGCAGCCCUCCAGCAAAAAAGGCAAUGACAGAAAUACACGUAAAGGAUGAAGUACAGAGUGUAGUAAGUAAGUUGUCAACAAUAAAGAAGGAGCACUUGGACGAAUAUGAAGAAAACUUUACGGAGGACAGAGAGGAAGAUGCCAAACCAAAUAUUGCUGCAGCAUCCGAGUCUUUGAACUUAAAUCCUGGGUUGAAACACACACUGGCACAGUUCCACUUAAGCAGCCAGAGUUCACUGGGUGGACCAGCAGCAUUUUCUGCUCGCCAUUCUCAAGAAAGCACAUCUUCUGUCUUUGUACCUCUCCCAUCACCCCAGAUUCUUCCUGGUCCACUGCUUGUUCCUUCAGACAGCUCUACAGAACUGACUCAGACUUUACUGGAAGGGGAAUCCAUAUCUUGUUUUAAAGUUGGUGGGGAAAAGAGACUUUGCCUGCCUCAAGUUUUGAAUUCUGUGCUCCGUGACUUUUCUCUACAGCAAAUUAACACAGUAUGUGAUGAGCUUUAUAUCUAUUGCUCUAGGUGCACUUCUGAUCAACUUCACAUCUUAAAAGUUUUGGGAAUCCUACCAUUUACUGCUCCGUCUUGUGGGCUGAUCACAUUGACAGAUGCUCAGAGACUAUGCAAUGCUUUGUUGCGUCCUCGCACUUUUCCUCAAAAUGGCAGCCUGCUUCAUGCUAAAAGUUCACUGGCUCAACUAAAAGAGACUGGCAGUAUCUUUGAAGUAGAGCAUGAAUGUUUGGGCAAGUGCCAAGGUUUAUUUGUUCCACAGUUUUAUCUUCAGCCAGACUCUCCAUGCAUCCAGUGUGCAGAGUGCUAUGGGAUGUUUUCACCCCAAACAUUUGUGAUGCAUUCUCAUCGAUCUCCUGAUAAGAGGACCUGUCACUGGGGCUUUGAUUCCGCUAAAUGGCACUGCUACCUUCAUAUUAACCAAAAAUAUCUAGGAACACCAGAAGAGAGAGAUUUGAAGCAUCUCUUGGAAGACAUGAAAGAAAAAUUUAGCAUGAAAAAUCAGAAAAUAACACAGUCAAAAGCAGAUUCUCAGUAUAACCUAGAAUUCCAGGAAUGGUAUCCAGUUAUAAAACAAGAAUCAGAUUCUAUUAAUCAGCCACAUUCAUUCAUGCAUCCCAGCUACUACUUUUACAUGUGUGAUAAAAUGGUUGCUCCCAAUGUAUCCCUUACCUCUUCUGUACAACAAUGUAAAGAAGCCACAAAAACAGCAGAGAAGAUUUCAGAGGUAAUUAAAUCUCUACCUGGACAGUCAAUGAAACAACACGUUGGUGGCAAACGCAAAAAGAAUAUUUUCUAUCAGGAUUUCUCACUUGAAGUACAAGAGAAAGGUGACUUGAAACUUAACACAGAAAUGUGUGCUAGUGUAGAGCAGCCUGGAUCACUUAAGCCUGCAAACAGAAGGAAAACCGAACAGGUCUCUUCCAAAGUAACUACAGAAGAUGAUGCAGAAGCAAACAACUGUGCACAAACCUCAUCUCAUACUCUUAGCAGUGGUUUUGGUUGUGAUGAUGAUAAAGGGAAAAUGAUGGAAGAAGUAAUGAAAACCUAUAUAAAACAGCAAGAAAAGCUGCAUACAAUUUUGCAAAAGAAACAGCAUCUUCAAAUGGAAGUAGAAAUGUUAAAUAGUUCAAAAGCCAUGAAGGAGUUAACAGAAGAACAGCAGAACCUUCAAAAAGAACUUGAAUCUUUGCAGACUGAGCAUGCUCAAAGAAUGCAAGAGUUCUAUGUUGAGCAAAGGGAUUUAGAGAAGAAGUUAGAGCAGGUAAUAAAGCAAAAAUGUACCUGUGAUUCUAACUUGGAGAAGGACAAAGAAGCAGAGUAUGCUGCUCAGUUGGCAGAGCUGAGACAAAGGCUGGAUCAUGCUGAGGCUGAUAGGCAAGAGCUCCAAGAUGAACUGAGACAGGAACGAGAAGCAAGACAAAAGUUAGAGAUGAUGAUCAAGGAAUUAAAACUUCAGAUUCAGAAGUCUUCAAAAAACGGCAAGGGGAAAUAAAGUGCCAACCAGAAUGUAUCUGCGUUUUUUCAGCAGGGUCUAUAAAUUACCUGUCAAGGAGUAGCCAAGCCAUGGAUAAACAAAAAUAUUGGGGACAAUUAUGGGGAAUUUGUCCUAUGCAAGCAGAAUCAGUAGAGCGGGAGUUUGCAACUCCCAGUUAUUUCAACCAUGUUUUGCACAAGAGAAGUUCCCAGUAGAUUGUGUCCAAUGUAUGCAUAUAAACCUGUAAUAAUAUACAUUUGUACAACUUCCAGACUGACACAAUCUGUAUUUGUGCUGCUUUUUAUUUUAUUUUUAAUGGUUACAAGCAACAUGGAAACUGUACAUUUUACAGUUCUCUGUAUAUGUUUAUUGUUCAAGCUGUCCUGAGGGCUCUACCAUUUAUUGAUUGCAACUACAUUUACUGAAAAUAUGCAGCAUCCACAUACAUUCUUUUGCAUGCACUGCAUUUACAUUAAAUUUUACAGUUGAAGUCUAAAACAAAAAUGUUUACUCCUUGUGUUGCUCUAUCCUGAUACUCCAUUUGAUAAUUAAUGCUGCAUCAAGGAAAGAACUGUUAAUUGGAAAUUAUUGAAUAGUUGAGCAUUUUUCUAACUGCAGAUUUUCACAUUAAUUUUCGUAUAAAUGGUCAAAUGCCACGUGCCGAUUAUUUAGGUACCUUGUUGAAUGUUGUUAUGCAAAUGAGUUCCCUAAACAGAGUUGGAGACAUUUUAUUUUUCAACUCUAUCUAUUCAGUUUGCGAAACUAUUCUGACUGGAAGUUUCUUCCUGUCAGAAUAGGGACUACACUUUUCUUUGAGCAUUCCCAGCCUCUAAUGGAAGCUUGAAAAUGUCAGACUGAUUUUGUAGAGUGUCAGUUUACCAUUGGAUAAGUAGGUUACUUCACUAGCAAUAAGAUUCUCAUGCAUGUUUUUUCUUUGAGUGCAUGGAAGUGGUUGAUCUUGACACUUUAUUAUUUAAAAAGUUGAGGGGGAACAAAUGGGAGUCUGACAUUGUGAAAAUGAUACUUUUUUCAUUAAAGCAGGGUAAACAUUGCUUUUUAAAACAACAUAGUCAUUAAAUGUUUCUUUUGUAAAUAAAUGCUAAUGUUUGUAUUGGGGCAAAUAACAUUUAGUUUAGUGUCAUUUAACAAAUCGUUCAGUUCUACAUGGGUUUUUUUGAUCAGAAGCCAAGCUGGUAAAGUAUUUUCACAAAAGUGCAUAAAGGAAUUAAUUGAUUUUCUAAAGACCUCACCUAUAAAGAACUUUUUCAGAAGAAUUUUAUUUAACUGAAUGAAAUAUUUUCCAGCAGUGGAACAUAGGAAAAGGACAGAAAUCCUUGUCCCCAAGUCAGAUUUCAUAUCCAGAUAACUUCAAGAACAAUGUGGCCAAUAUAGUUCACAAAAUUAAAACUUCUCUCGUUAUUGGUGUUGCAUGUAAUGGGUAAUACAGGAAUGUAUUGGGAUGCAUACUGCAAUAUGGACAGAAAUGCUAGUAUCUGCAAACAACACUACAAAUAUUGAUUCUCAUAAAAGUCCAUAUAUCCUGUAUGCUCUGAAAACUUGCUACAAAUGUAACUCUGGGGUAUUUGUUUAACUCUUUUUUAUAUACAGUGUUGAUGUUGCAUACGGACCACACAACCAAAUUUGUUUUUGUUUUUAUUUAUUAUUCAUGGUUAAAACAGCCUGGUUUUCAGGUAUUUAUUUGUUCCCCAGAGCACCUUACAUCAGUCAAAUUUAAUAAAAAUAUAAACAUUAAAUAAAUCAUAGAAUAAAAUAUAUACUAAAGCAACAUUUUAAAAAGUAAAGAGGCAAUAUAGAAAAUAAAGUGAAAGGAUGGGCAGCACGAUCCUGUGGUACCAGACAGUCUCUAGGUGGCCACUGGGUUUUUUGGAGGCUUCAUUAUUGCAAACUUGCUCAAAGCAGGAAUUCUCAAGUCAGAACACUCCCCCCCCCCCGCGCGCACACACGCACACACAAACAGACACACCAACUGGUGUAGAAAAAAAGGACUCGACUGCUGAAAAGUGAAAGAGGAGGAGGAGCUAGGUACCAUUUUGAUACAAGAUGACAGCACCUCAGACUCCCCUUGCACGCUGAGGUGCAACACUUCGUUGAAAUCAGUGUAAAUGUUUUGCAGGGCUGAAGGAGCACAAAAGCAACUUCAUCUGCUUUUCUCCUGUCCUACAUAGAUGCCCAUAAUUCUUCAAAUCAGGGCCAAGGGCACUUGGACUGGAUUGCUCACUAAAACUAGCAAAAUAAAAUAUUAGCUGCACUUCUUAAGACAACUAUUAGUGCAGGAUCUAGUAGGGAAUUCCACAAAUCAGGAGCAACCAUUUGUAGAUUACUGCAUUACCUUGAUUCAUAAUAGAACCCAUAAUAGUUACUUGAUUGGUAGGUGAGUAGUUAAUAGAAGAUAUAUUCUAGGCCCAGGUAACUUAAGGCUUUAAAGGUCAAAAACAAAACCAUGCAUUUAGCUUAGAAAUUAACUGGAGGGCAGUGGAACCCUUGUGGAAUUGUUAUAAUAUAUUUCCUGUGCAUGGCCACAGAUAGUUAAGCUGUGCCAUUCUGAUUGAUCUAAAGUUCCCAGGCUCUCUUUAAAAGCAGUUCUCUCCAAAGCACAUCAUCAUGAUCCAUUCAAUAAAUUACCAGUGUGUUCAGAAGGGUAGCAAAGCCCUUAUUGAGAAGAGAGAAUAGCUAAUGAAGCUAAUGAGAGACACUUAUGUCCAGAGCUACCACAUGAAAAUCCAGGAGCACAUAACCAGGUUACUACUUACAGUUCAUAUAAUCAAGGGCAAGUGACUUAAGUCCACAAUUGCCCAGUUUGCUCAGCCUCCCCACAUAAGAGACUUCAUUCAACUUUGUUCAGCCUCUCAAUAGAUGGUAGCCAUUACAACUGGGUUGAUGUGAAGGAAGAAAGCUGAGUGUGGUUGAUUGCCCUUUACUACAGAAACCUGUAAAACUCUUCCAGUGAGUUGUAUGUAGAGCUUAAAUAGCAGAGGAAACUGAAUAGAGACUCAUUGUACUCUGUAACAACCACCAAGUUUGUGAAGUAUGUAUGUACUUCAAAAUAAAUGGGCUGGAGUUGCUAUAGCUCCAUUCCUGAUAUCAUGAAUGUCAUUUAGCCCUUCCUCUAGGUGUGUGUACAUCAACAGGGAAGGCCCUUUUACCCAUGCAUCUGUAUGUGCAGAGUCUUUCAGAUGAGCAGGAACCCUAGUAGCAUGUUGAUCUAAGUACUCACAGUAACUCAUGAAUUGAGUUUGCAAGGAGUUGUGGUAAUUAAGUUUGGGGUUUGGAUAUUUUACCCAGGCAGGAGGAAUUAAAACUUGGCUCACAAGGUGAAGCUCAUUUUGCAUUUCAUAAAAUUGUUAUAUAUAUCCCAGGAGGCCAGAACUAAUCACUAUAGUUGCAGUAGCUGAAAAAGAACCCAUGUAAUUAUGGAAAUAACUAUCAACCAUUAAUUGAAUUGACUGGUUGACGGAGCUGUUUUCAAGAGCAACAAAAGCAAAAUGCUUGAACUGACCCUUCAGAUAGUGUGUCCAAACAGCAAAUAUUGUGUAGUUAACUUCAUGAUUUGAUAUUAACAUUCAACCAGUGCCUGCUUUCCUGCCCCCAAUACAAGGGUAUUCCAAGUAUGAUCCACAGCUAGUGAAGGCAUCCUUUCUGUUUUAAAUAUAGAGUUGUUUCUGAAUGUAAGUGCAAUAAUAUGCCCCAGUUUCCACUGUUGCUUAUGGAGAAAUGGUUUUGUAAAGUAUAUUUUACAAUCCAAUCAGAAUUUUUAACCAUUGUAUCAUGUAUCUAUUUAGGCAUAAUAAGACAAAGGUCAGCAUUUAUAUUAAAUGUCAUUACAAGGGUCAGUGUUUGUUUUAAAUGUUUCUACAGCUACAAGUAUUGGAGCUGAGCCAAUGGCUACAAUUUUGACUAUAUUUUAGAGAAAAUUGGUUUAUACUAGUAAUGAUGAGACAGUGCUGCUUUCAGAUUAUUUAAUAUUUCAGAAAAUUUUAAAGAUCAAACCACAUACUCAUGUUUCAUUAAAUCUCUAUGUAAUUCUUACAUUGAACAAUUCAUUUAAGCUUCUUUUACAUAUGACUUCCAUAGGUGUUAUAUAAUUAAUACACAGAACUGUGCCAUAGGUGUCUAUAGUCACCAAGAGAUAGUUUUGUAGUAGAUUGUAAAUAUUCUAUGUUUUACAACAAGUAGUUUCUUAUGUUGAUCUCUUUCCAUGCUGUAUUUCAUGGGUGAUUUAGUCGACUGCCUAUAUAGCUUGAAUUGCAUACAAACCUUUGCCCACUUACAGAGAUCUCUGACAAAUUAUCUUGUCCAUUUGAAUUUGUUCUUUUAGCCUUAGCAUGCUCAUUCUGUAUGUUACAUAUUAGUGAUUUUUUUAAAGUCAACUCUAUGUUGGCUUUUUAGAUAGGAAGUAUGUUUCUCAAAUUGUCUUUGGUGUUUUUGAGAAGCAUUAUCAACAAAAAAAUCCUACACUUAAGGAAUACUUAGCAGCAAAGCUGCCACAAAUGCAGGAAGGAGGGAGGGAGGGAAGAAGGGAAGGAAAAACGAAAAGAGAAUCUGCUUCUUGGCACCCCUGUUGGUUGUUUGGUUUUAAUUGAUGAGAGUUUUUGCCAGGGUUACAGUUCUGCCUUAGUAGAACUCAAAUGCUAUGAGGAUAUCCCUAUCAAUCUGACAUAAUCCAGACAACUACAGUGUGCCACAAGCACAAAAGAAAAAAUAUGUGCAGAGCAAAAAACUCAAGCAAAAGUUCUCAUCCACAGACUACACUGCAAGUUGCAAAACAUGGAUAUGUGUAGUAUAUUGUCAAAGAAUUAAGCAUUUGUAAAGCCGACAGUGUUUUUAAUAAAAUUACCCAUUUGUAAUGAUGUAAUAAUUUGCAGGUGAGGUUCAUUAAUAAAAUUUAACUUUGUUAUUUUCAGAGGGGUAGCUAUCUUCAUCUGUUGCAGCAAAAACAACAAAUGUAUUACAUUACAAGCUGUCAUGGAUUAGACUCAGUUUCAUCAGAUAUAUCUGAACGGAGCUGAUUCCAGUCUGCAAAAGCUUAUGUCAUAAUAAAUGCGACGUUCUUUAAAGUGGCGCAGGACACCUUGUAAGUUUUCUAAAUAGUUCUGUUGGAUUCUGUUAAACUAAAAAAAAAGGUAAGAAUAAAAUGCUGAGUUCUUGAGAUGAUGAUAACUAAAUAUACUGGGUCCCUUUGAAAUAAUUAGCUGUUAUCCCAACCCUCCAAAUUUCAUCCCUGCUUUUGCCCAGAGUGCAAUUGACUCUUCAAGAAAUGUAGAUGUGAAUCUCCUAUCAUUGUGGCAGCCCUAAGAAUGUUCAGACUUGAAAAUACUUCGACAUUAGAUUUAAAGCUUUAGCAAAACCUCAAAGUGUAUUUCGGACAUGUGCUUUUCUUUUUGGUAGGGCUUAAAUCACUUAGCUUGUGUGAGAUAAACAUUGAUAGUUAAAGCGUAUAUUUUACAUUCUUGGAUUUAUUUAAUUAUAUAUUUAAUAUAUUGAUUGUUGUAAAAUCAUUUGUACAUAUUCAAGGUAUUGUAAUGCAACUCUUUGCAGUAGGCUAUUCCAUGGGGAGGACUGGCACAAUGCUGCUUCAUCCCACAUUCCUGGCGCUACCAGUGACUACUUCCACAUUUCCUUUAACCUCAGUUUGAAAUUGCAGAAUUUUAAGUCAUAACAGUGAUGCGGAUGACUUACUGCUAUAACUUUGAGGCACUUUCAUAGGAUUAUGUAGCUGACCUCAAAACACUUUCCAAGUUUGCUCCCUAAAGUUCUUCUGAUCAUUAGAAAACAUGUUGAUACAUUGUUUACACAGAAUGCAAAUAAAUCAUUAAUGCACAUUUAAAGCCCCUUGAUAAUGUAAUACAACAAAAUGCAUACAUACUUAUUAUCUUAUGCUUGAAAUAUUUCCAUUCGUGCUGUCAAAUAAUCUCUGUUCAGGAAGAUGCAGCUUACUUUCUUAUAAAUGCUUUCUACAUCUUGUUCUUCAUUUAAUCCAUGGUAAUAUGAGGCAGUCCAAAAUUUCCAUAAGGAAAGCUUUUGGUUAAUGUUCUUGUAGACAGCCUCUAUUAUGAAAGCAAAAUCACACAUUUAAUAGUUGCACAAGUGUUUAGAGGAUAGUUUGGAUUUUACAGUGCUCUGAUAUUCAAGCACUGUGAAACAACCCUUUUAUUUUCAAAAUAGAAUAUCCAAUGAAAUAUAGCAAUCCAUUGUAUUCUUUCAAAUACCUCACUUCAAGAAAAGGGAAGCACAGUUGUAAUGUAUCUAAAAGUUCUAGCAAACACAAAAUUUUGGUCUAAAUGUUCUGAUGCAGCUAUAUUGCCUUCCAGAAUACCCAGGUUCAUGCCUGCCAAAUUCUAUUUUGUGUGUGUUCAUGACACUUUUGAAUAUAUUUGAUGCUGAAAUCUUAAUGGAUAAAAUCCAACAUAAAUCUUAGUUAAACUGACCUGUUGAAUGGGACAAGUUAUAAUGAACUAAUUUCAUACCUUUCAACUGAUCUACUUUAAGUAGAACUUACACUGUUUUUUAUCAAGAUUUUCACUAUCCAGAGGAACAGUGUGUGUUCAGUAGGGACUACAACAUGUUACAUGAAUAGCAUUUCUCCAUAUAGCAAAUAAUUUUUGAAGUUGCAAAAUCAGUUUGUAAUGUGGCAUCUGCUUUGCUGUUCAUAAUUAUAUAUGCAUGAAUACAUGCCCUGCUGGCCAUAUAAAAGUCUUUGAACAAAUUUCAAGUACUUUUCUGGGUUGUGUCCAAAAUCUAAAUUUAUAAAGUAUGAUUUAUAAAAAGAUCGAAUGUGUUCUACAAGCAAGGCAACAAGUGGAAUGACUGAAAUAAAAAUAAACACCUAAGACAAAAAGAUUGGUGCAAACUAAUAGUUUUCAGUGCUUUGCCAAUGAUGUACAGUUCUACAGUUGGAAUUGAUGUGGUUGCAUUACAUGACACACAAAACUGUCCUCUACCUCAUGUGAUACAAAAAUAUUUUGUAUGGUUUUAGUAAAAAAAAAGUAACAUUUAUCUGGUCACUUAGUUUACAAAUUUUGAAUUCUAUUUAUUGAGACAUGACAUACUGUGCUCUUAGCUUAUACCUCAAUUGUAUUUUGUGCAGUUUUCCAUUUUUCAUGCAUUGUAAAUAUCCUGUAUAGAUUGUGGAUCCACAUCAAAUAAACAGUUCUAAUAUCGA